AUGGCUUCGCCAAAGAUCAUUGUCCUAGGCGGUCUCAAUGGCCAACUUGAGCCAGCGUUCAAGAAGCUAGCAACUCUUCAUUCUAAGAAUAGCUUUUCUAUGGCUAUUCUCACUGGCGAUAUCUUCAGCCCGACACAGGAUGAUGAGUCAGUGAAUGCGCUCCUUAAUGGAACUCUUCAAGUUCCUCUACCAACUUAUUUUACCGUUGGAACCCAUCCUCUGCCUCCGCGCAUCGCCGCCAAGGUCGAAGCUGAAGAAGAAAUCUGCGAGAACCUGCAUUUUCUGGGCAAGCGCAGCAUCACCAAGACAUCCGACGGCGUGCGAAUUGUUGCGCUAGGUGGUCAGCUGGAUACGAACAUUGCUGGCCAGUCUAAAGAGCAGCACCUACCAUUCCACACAGUCGACGAUGCGAAGAGUCUGCGUGGCGCUAACAGCGCUGAUAUCCUCUUGACAUCGAUAUGGCCAGCGGGUGUCUGGACUGGCUCUCAAGUUGCGCUUGAUCCGACACACCAAGCAUCUAUACCCGUUUCCGAGUCUAUUGCAGAGCUAUGCGCAGGACUAAAGCCACGAUACCACCUAUCAUCCUCGCCUGAAGGCUUUUUCUACGAACGAGAAGCAUUUGUGCAUCCGACCCAGACGGAGACCGAUAACACUUGCGUCACGCGAUUCAUUUCAAUGGCUCCUUACGGCAACAAGGCUAAAGCAAAGGCGUUGUAUGCUUUUACCCUUAACAAGGGAGACGCAUCGAUACCUAAUGGCGCCACAGCAUCGCCUUUCAACCCCAAGACGAAGAAGCGUCCCCCUAAGGAGGAAUCACACAGUCGUUAUGAUGAGCACGAAAGAGGCCAUAGAGGCCGACGCCAGAAGCAGCGUCAUCGAUCGCCUCCACCGGGUCCUGAUCGAUGUUAUUUCUGUCUUUCGAACCCCAAUCUUUCUUCACACAUGUGUUGCAGCAUUGGUGACGACGCGUACAUCUCGACCGCCAAGGGUCCCUUACCUACAUCGGCCACAUUUGCCGAGCAGGGUCUUGAUUUCCCAGGUCACUUAAUUAUCAUCCCACUACCACACAACCCUACGAUUCCCAGUAUUGGACCUGUCACCGAUCCAAACGGCGAAGCUGUCAAGACAUUCAAGGAAAUGACCCGCUUCCGCGAAGCCAUCCAGGCUAUGAUUGCCGCCAAGAGUUCUCAUAAGCUAGGUGUUGUCACAUGGGAGAUUAGCCGCGAACGAAACGUCCAUCUGAUUUGGCAGCUAAUGCCGUUGCCCGCUGAGCUCAUCCAGAAGGGCCUCGCCGAAGCUGCUUUCAAAGUCGAAGCAGAGAACCAAAACUGUCCAGCUUUUACAGCACAAGACCUGACUCUCGAGCAACAGGCCGAAUCUGGUGGUGAUUUCUUCCGCGUAUGGUUAUGGGCAGAUGACGGCGAGGAACGUAUUAAGGGCAAGUCCCUCGUCAUGCCUCUGCCAUCAGACAUGCGAUUCGACCUUCAGUUCGGCAGACGUGUGCUAGCCAAGCUCCUCCGUCUUGAGGACCGUCUGGUUUGGAAGGCAUGUGAACAGAGUGUGGAGGAAGAGACCAAGGACGUUGAGGCGUUCCGGGAGGCGUUCAAGGAAUGGGAUUUCACUCUCCAAGACGGCGAUGAAGCCGCUGCUUGA